AUUAUCCUCGCGUCGAACGGAUCCUCGGACGUUCGUUUUGCUGCUCUAGAUAUGGCCAUAUUUUUGUUUGCGUUCCGUCUUGACAGUUACAAGGGAGCACGUAUAUUUGAAAAUUCAAUGUAAGAGACUUGGUACUUUGGUAGCCGUUGGAAGGUCGUGAAAGGUCGGUUCGUCCGGCGGCACGUUUACACUUUUAUGUUCAUUGCGUUUCCAGCAGUCGUUCUGACGACACGACUCAGCGCGAUUAUCAACGCCGGGCGUUGAAACUCGAAGACUUCUAUAUGCGGUCAUCUUGCUAGAAUAAUUAAUCACCAUGGAGCAAGAUACGGAAUACGUGAAAUUGCCUCUUGAAGAGCGCUGUGCACACAAGUCUUGGCGAGCACGCUUGCACGGCUACGAGGAAUGUGUGAAGACGUUUCAGUGCAUUGACGAUGAGAAAUCACCUGAAUGGAACAAGUACACGGGCUUCAUCAAGAAGUUUGUGAUGGACAGUAACGCAGCGGCGCAGGAAAAAGGCCUGGAGGCAACCCUGGCCUUUGUGGAGAACGCCGCGGUAGCUAGCAAAAUAGUUGUCGAAGUGAUGAAUGGCAUCGUGUCCAAGUGCAUCGCCGCUCCCAAGGCCAAGACGAAGGAACUGGCCGUACAAAUCACACUGAUGUACAUCGAGAUCGAGAAGUGCGAAACGGUGCAGGACGAAUUGCUGAAGGGCACCGACGCAAAGAAUCCGAAAAUCGUCUCGGCAUGCAUCGCCACCCUAACACUGGCACUCAAGGAGUUCGGCCCAAAAGUGAUCAACAUGAAGCCGCUCAUGAAGAAGAUAGCGAACUUCCUGGAGGAUCGGGACAAGACUGUGCGCGAGGAAGGCAAAGCGAUGGUCGUGGAGAUGUAUCGGUGGGUGGGAGACCGCCUGAAGCAGCAGUUGAACACGCUGAAGCCGGUGCACAUCGCGGAGCUCGAGGCCGAGUUCAACAAUCUUGCGGCUGAAAAGGUGGUGCCCAUGCGCCAUUUGCGCUCGCAGAAGCCGAAGAAUCGGGGCAAUACUGAUUCGGCAGCGGGAAGCGAAAAUGGCGAGGACGACAACGAUGACGCGGAUGGUGCCUCGAUCCCAGACGUAGAUCCGUACGAUAUGUUGGCGCCUGUGGACAUCCUGUCGAAGCUGCCGAAGGAUUUCUACGAGAAGCUCGAGGCGAAAAAGUGGCAGGAGCGGAAGGAAGCGUUGGAAGUGCUUGAAAUGCUCACCAAGAACCAGAAACUGGAGAACGGUGACUACGGUGACGUGGUGAGAGCCUUGAAGAAGAUCAUCUUGAAGGACACCAAUGUACUGGUAGUCACGUUGGCAGCGAAGUGCCUGGCCGGCUUGGCUGCGGGCCUGAAGAAGCGAUUUCAGUCAUACGCUGCUGCCUGUCUGCCCGCCAUUUUAGAAAAAUUCCGAGAAAAGAAGCAGACAGUGGUGCAAGCACUGCGUGAAGCCGCUGACGCUAUUUACGAGAGCGUGAGCAUUGAUGUCAUCCUUGAAGACACCGUUACUGCUUUGGAAAACAAGAACCCAGCCGUGAAGGCCGAAACGGCUGCUUACUUAGCUCGGUGCUUCGCUCGUACGCCACCCGCGAGUCUCAGUAAGAAACUGCUCAAAUCGUACACCGGAACGUUGCUGAAGACGUUGAACGAGCCGGAUCCGACAGUGCGCGACAACUCGGCGGAGGCGCUUGGAACUGCGAUGAAGCUAAUUGGCGAGAAGGCGAUGAUGCCGUUCCUCACGGACAUCGAUAAUCUGAAGAUGACGAAGAUCAAGGAAUGCGCCGACAAAGCGGUAAUAACCGUCAAGGUGACGUCUGCCCCGAAGAAACAGGAACGGCCCAACACUGCUCCGGCGAAGGUAGAGUUACAAGCGGGCAAGGCGAACAAGGAAAAUUUGAAGAGUGCCAAAUCGAGCAGCGCGAAGAGACCCAACACCGGCACCAUCACUCUGAAGAAGUCGGGCAGGAAAGCUGGUGGUGCCUCGUCGCUCACGAAUCUGGCGUCUUCCGCAAAGAGACCGGUUCAGAUGGAGAAGAAUUACAGUCCGGAGGAGAUCGACGAAAUGGCGAUGCAGCUUCUGCCGGCCGAGGUGAUCACUGGUCUUGUAGAUGGCAACUGGAAGACUCGUUUGGCUGCAGUCACACAGCUGUCUGAUAUUAUUAAGACGAUGGAACCGACGGAAGCAUCGGCGCAGGUGAUCGUGCGCAUUCUGGCGAAGAAACCUGGAUUCAAGGAUACAAAUUUUCAGGUGUUGAAACUGCGUGUCGACGUCGUGAGGUAUCUGGCAGAGAAUCAUCCGUUCACGGCCACCGUCGCUGAAUAUUGUCUUACGGAUAUCGCGGAAAAGCUAGCGGAUACGAAAAACAGUUCAAUUGUCAUCGAAACAUUGUUAGCGAUCACUGAAGCUACUAGUCUCGAAUACGUGGCAGAGGAAAUAGUUGCAUACGCGUUUAAUCAGAAAAAUCCGAAGGUGCAGCAGGAGACACUGCUAUGGUUGUGUCGAGCAGUCACGGAAUUCGGUUGGAGUCUCAACAUCAAGUCCAUCAUUGAGAAUAUGAAGAAAGCUGUAGCAGCAACGAAUCCUAGUGUGCGCACCGCCGCAGUGACUCUACUGGGAAAUCUGUACUUGUACAUGGGCAAACCACUAUUGGCAUACUUUGAGAAUGAGAAACCUGCGUUGCGACAACAAAUUGAACAAGAGUGCGAGAAGCACAACGGCGAAAUACCACCGGCAGCCGUUCGCGGGGCCAAGGCCAAGAGGAAUGCGAAUGCGAACGUCGAGGAGGAGGACGAUGAUGAGGACGACUCGGAAAAGAAGCAAAACGGCAGCGAGCCGGAGUUGAACGAAUUGAUCCCGCGUGUUGACAUUAGCUCACAGAUCACCGAAGCGUUACUGGCCGAAUUGGCCGACAAGAAUUGGAAAGUCCGUAACGAAGCGUUGCAGAAGGUGAAUGCUCUUUUAGCAGAGAACAAGUUCAUCAAAUCUACCAUCGGCGAUCUGCCGCAAGGGUUGGCUCUGCGCCUCGUAGACAGUAACAGCAAGAUUGCGCAGUCGGCUAUAGGUAUAUGCGAGGCUCUGGCCACAGCUAUCGGAUCACCAAUGAAGCAGCACAUCCGCACUUUGUUCCCUGGAUUCCUGCAGUGUCUAGGUGAUAGCAAAAAUUGGAUCAGAACGGCCGCGAUUUCCUGCAUCAAUACGUGGGGAGAUCAAUGCGGCUACAAGGAAUUCUUCGAUGGCGAGGUGAUAGGGGACGCCUUAAAGACAGGUUCACCGAUGCUACGAACAGAAUUGUGGAGCUGGUUGGCGCAAAAAUUGCCUUCGAUUACAGUAAAACAGAUUCCGAAGGAGGAACUUCUUGUGUGCCUUCCUUAUUUGUAUGCUAAUUUGGAAGAUCGCAACUCUGAUGUUCGAAAGAAUGCUCAAGAAGCCGUUCUUGGAUUUAUGAUCCAUCUGUCUUACGAAGCGAUGGCGAGAAAUACUGAAAAGUUAAAGCCAGGAUCAAGGACCGUGGUGCUCGCUGCACUGGACAAAGCUCGUCCUAAUUUACCUAUGAAACCUCUACCCAAAAAGGAGCUUUCAGAUGACAAUCUCCAAAAGGGUAAUGCGAAAGGCGCGAAAGUGGUGAAAGCGGUUAAACCGAAGAGCGCGUCAUCGAAACCGGGCAGUGCCCGUAAAAAAGACGACGACGUGGAUACCAGUCCUCUACUGAUGGUCAACAACCUGAAGCAUCAACGUGUGAUCGAUGAGCAGAAAUUAAAGGUGCUCAAGUGGAACUUUACUACGCCUAGAGAGGAAUUCGUCGAGCUUCUAAAAGAUCUUAUGACUGCGGCGAGUGUCAACAAGACUUUGCGGACGAAUAUGUUUCACUCCGAUUUUCGGUAUCAUUUGAAGGCUAUCGAAGCGCUCACUGAGGAUCUACCUGGAAACAGCAAGGCAUUGGUAUCUAAUUUGGACCUCAUCCUCAAAUGGUUGACACUGCGAUUCUUCGACACUAAUCCGUCGGUCCUGUUGAAAGGACUGGAUUACUUGCAAUUGGUCUUCAAUAUGCUAAUUGAUGACCAGUAUCAUAUGCUAGAAACUGAGGCGGCAUCGUUUAUUCCUUAUCUUAUUAUUAAAAUAGGCGAUCCGAAGGAUGCCGUACGUAAUGGCGUGCGAGCUUUAUUCAAGCAGAUGGCUCUGGUAUAUCCCGUGAGUAAAUUAUUCUCGUACGUAAUGGAGGGUUUGAAGUCGAAGAACGCGCGACAACGAACAGAAUGUCUGGAUCAAUUGGGAUCGCUGAUUGAGAAUUACGGAGUUUCUGUCUGCCAGCCGUCCCCGUCCGCAGCGUUGAAGGAAGUCGCGAAGCAGAUCGCAGACCGCGACAAUUCCGUACGGAACGCCGCGCUGAAUUGCAUCGUUCAAGCUUAUUUCCUCCAGGGAGAACGUAUAUUUAAACUCAUCGGCCAGAUCUCGGAGAAGGACAGGUCUUUGUUGGACGAGCGUAUAAAGAGAGCGGCGAAGAAUCGGCCCGCAAAAUCCGCGUCUGCUACUCGACUCUCCGCGCCUGCAGUCACAGCUUCCAGUCCGCCGACAGACGACAUGGAGGUGGAUUACGAAGAGGAACCGGAGGACAUCCCCGAAUGCGUGGAGUCAGUACCGGAAUUAAAUUCUCCUACAUCGGCUCAAUCAAAGGGUCCUUCUGGUCCCUUCGGACUGGAUAUGGAAUUCCUGCAAAGGCUCGAACUGAGCGCCCCAGUGAAAUAUCGCAAUCCGGUACUGGUGGAACCCAGCUUGUCGGAUCUGAAUGAGCCUCCAGUUAAUGUGUUAAACCCGCCCAAGACACAGAUGAUACCCAUUUCACCACCGAAACUGUUAGUGUCGAAAUCAUCAUCUGCUAUACCACUUGCUACUGAUAAUAGCAAAGACGACACUCUGGAGCGUAACAUCUUGUCUAUGGCCAGUAUGGACUUGCCCACUGCAAUACAGUCCAUGAAUGCAAUGGAAAACUUACUAAAAUCUCAUCAAGCGGCUAGCUUGCAAACUAAGGAGGACAAAUUCAUCGGAUCGAUAAACAUGCAACUGAAACUACUGCAGACGUAUCCAUUGCGUCAAGAAAACGCGGAUGUGUCCAGAGGCUUCAGGAACACAUUCUUGCUUAUACUUGUGUUUUAUGACACUGGAUUUCUCGGGAAGAAUGUUUCCUUCAUACAUCUGAAGGAAUUGGUAGAUCAGAUGAUAAGCCUGCUGGCCGAGAACAAACUGGAGCACUUGCAUCAAGCCGGAGCAUAUUACAGAGUGAUAAAUAAUAUCAUGGUGAAAAUUAUUGACAAUUCCAAUCACACCACUAUCAUAUGCGUACUGAUUAAGUUACUUCAUUCUUGCGCCGAGUCGAAUGUCCCCUCGAAAUACGAGGAGCUGGUGAUGAAGUGUUUAUGGAAAAUAGUGAAAACGAUGACAAAUUGGGCAGCCGACUUGAAUUACGAUACGAUACUCCUGGAGGUGCACCGUUUCCUUAAGGAUUAUCCUACUACGUGGUGGAAGAAGCGGAAGUCGGAUACACCAUUACGUACGGUGAAAACGAUUCUCCAUAGUAUGACAAGAGUGAAAGGCAGUUCGAUACUUAAUCAUUUGACGCUGAUAAACAACACCAACGAGUCCGAGUUGCACGCCUACUUAAUAAGAUUAAUCGCGAGCCUUAAACCAGAUGAGAUGAACGCUGCGGCGAAGGCGGCGCCAAAAUUAAGUAACAGUGGAAAAGCGCAGAAGCACCUGUCCAAAUCUACUCGUCAGCAAUUGGCCGAGAUAUUCAAGAAGAUUGGAUCGAAAGAGCACAUGCAAGAAGGCUUGGUGCAAUUGUACGACUUCAAACUUCAAUAUCCCGAGGCCGACGUACAACCGUUCCUGGUCAAGUCCCAUCAGUUCUUCCAAGAUUUCAUAGAGCAGGGACUGAGAGAGAUCGAUCAAGCACGAAAAAAUCAGAACAUUUUAUCCCAGGCUAACAAUCAAUACUCUAGUGGAACCACCGAGUCAACAACAGUGGUUUCCGAUGAGAAGGACAUGAUGGACCCAAUGUACAGGCUCGAGAAACUCCGAGCCCUCGAAGCGCAAUGUAGAACGACUUCUUCGCAGCCGAACCCACCAUGAAUACUCGUAUAUGAAUAUAUAAAUUAGGUAAGCGACACACGAUACAUGUAUCCAUAUAUUUGUGAGACGAGCGUAUCUGUUUCAUCGUUAUUCUAAAAUGUUCAACACCACGUUUUCCAUCGCUUUGUUUUCCAUUCAAACGAAUCACGUGUCACACUUUGAAUCGUCCGAAUCCUCCGCAAAUUCGGCAAAUUAUAGUUGUCGUAGACUCGGUGGUUCCUGCAUUAAUUAUUAUUUCGUAUAUAAUUAAACGAUUUUAAGUUAUUUGUCAUUUUAUGUCAUUAUAUUGAAUUGUUCGACUCGAAAAGUUUGAAUAAAUUUCGGAAAUCUUUGUUUUUCGUCUUUGUAUUAGAACCUCAUCAGUACAUUAAACCGAAAAAAUUGUGAGUGACCGUUUAGAUAAUAUCAAUUUAUUAUUGCGCGGUUGAAGAAGUCAAUGAGCUUAAUCUGCUUAAAUUAAGUUUAAUGAAGAUAAGUAGUCGGACUUCGUUGUCUUGUUACAAGAAAGAAAAAGAAACGUUUAAGCAGAUUGCGUUAUAAUUUGCCGAAUUCGAAAAGACUUAAACGAACGUGAACCGCAACAAAAAAUGCUAAGUAGAACAUAAUGUAUAUCAUAAUAAUCUGCGUUCUAACUACAGCAAUUAUGUUCCCGUAAUGUAAUGAUGUUAUUGCGUGCGUGCACGUUCUCAAUCAAUGUUUUUUAUAUAAUAUAAAAAAAUUAAAAAUGUUAAAACUUGUGUUCGAGCAAAUCUUAUGUUCAUCAAAUACUUAUAUAUGAAAAUUCAUUCGUACGAUACUUUAAAAGAAAAUCAUUAAAAUAAAAAAAUGUGUAUUUUUAAUGCUUUUGUUGCUUUUAAUUACAUAGGAAUAUUUUGGUCAUGUUUUUUUCAUUCUGUAAAGAUAGAAGGUUUCGCACUAAACAACAAUUAUAUAUAAAUAUUUGAUGAAUAUAAGACACAAGUUAUAAUUGUUUUUUCUCUGAUUUCAAGUAUGAUUUAGAUAAGUCUGAUUUUACUUUAUUUUUUCUAAACUAAAUUCUACUUAAAUUUACUUAAAUUUGAUCAAGUUUAUCAUUGCUGCGUCAUUGUUGUUUAGUGCGAAAUCUCCUAUCUUUACAGAAUGAAAACAAAACAUGAACAAAAUAUUCCUAUGUAAUUAAAAGCAAACAAAAUCAUUAAAACUACACAUUUUUGGAUUUUAAUGAUUUUCUUUUAAAGUAUCGUGUGAGUGAAUUCUCAUAGAAUUAAUAAUAUAUAGUAUCUGUUUAGAGGCUUUAUUUCUUCCAUAGAAUUUCUCUUACGUGAAAAAUUACUAAAACUGAUGGGAGGUUUCACAAAGCUGACAAGGAUUGUUUUAUUUAUUGAGACGCAAAGUUAUCAUUUAUCUUUUAUCCAGUAUUUAUAAAUAGGAUCGAGAGAAGUAACAGGUUGUAGCGACUAUAUGGCAUCAAUACUGAUGUCAAUAACUCCAUAUAAUAAGAAGUGACGUUGAGUUGCAAAGAACUCAUAACUUAAAAGACAGCAAACUGUUUUUAAUUUUUUUCAUGUUAAUUCGCAAUCAAAUGCCUAUUGCUAGCUAGCGUCUUUCAGAACAAAAAAGAAAUGAUCCAUUUGAGUUCCAAGUAACAUACUACGGCUGCAAAUAUAGCCGCAAAUUGCGAUAUACCAAUGCAAUCAUUCCACUUUUUUAUUACACACCAUUGUAGAUAUUUGUGAGUAAGAAAUGUUUUUAUGUUACGAGAUUUUUGCAGCUCGAUGAUGGGAAGUGUUCACCUUUCUAUUAUUGGUGCAGAAAAAAAGGAAAGCAGGAAGCGUAGUUAGUGUCUAUUCAAAGCGAAUUAUCUUAAAGAAAAUUAGGACGCUUAGUGAAGCAUAUAAUAAUGUACGAAUCUCUUAACGAGUAUGAGGUUGCUAUAUUUGAGAACUUAUCGCUUUUUCCCAAGACUUAUAUUCUGUAGUGUAAAUAGAACAUGUAUAUACAUGCACUAAUAAAAACAGUGAUACUCGAACAAGAA